AUGCGGUCUGCACCGCUUUUCAAUGGCCUGCUGGCCGCUGCCGCUUUGGCAGUUCCCGCGGCGGCAGCCAACGACAACCCCAUUGUCACCUGCACCCAGCCCAAUUUGUUCUCUAACCCAUCUUUCGAGAACUCUGCGAUAACCCCCUGGGCCACUAACCCCUCCGGUGGUUCUCGUCUGUCAUCAAGCAAGAGCACCGCCGGCUCCUAUGUCCUUAACCUCCCCGCCACGUCCUCGUCAACAACCUCGUAUACCGUGACGCAGAGUGUUACGUUGGUCAAGGACACGGAGUAUGCCAUCUCCAUUGACCGGUACAUCGGUGUCAAGGCAGGCAACACCAAGACCUGUUCCUUCUACAUGUACCAGGGCACCACAUCCAACAAAUUUGCCUCCAUUUCCAACCAGGCUUUCACCAGCUCCGGUGCUGGCAAUGCGUUCAGCACCUGGACAGGAACUUUCACCGCGACGGCCGGCGGAAGCCAAACCAUUGGACUUUACCUCUCUUGCUCUGGCUCUUCGGCUUCUGACCCAACUUUUGCCUAUCUCGACAACACCUCCAUCUCUACCACGGCAAGCUGCUGCCAGCAGAACGCUUUCACGAACCCCUCGUUCGAGAGUGGACUGACCGGAUGGUCUUUCACUGAUGGUGCUAACCGUGCCUCGUCGUCCGCUGAACACACUGAUGGACUCCUCUCCCUAGCGGACCCUCUAACGGAUUCAAAGAUUACUGCUAAGCAGGCUAUCACCGGACUGUCGACCUCAUCCACCUACGAUGUCAGGUUUGACUAUCAAGUGGAUAUUGACUCUUCCAACAGCGGGACUGCGUACAGGUAUUGUAAUAUUGCUUUGAACCAGGCAACUAGCUCAACUGGCACCACCUAUACGCUCGCAAGUGUCUCUUCGACGAUUUUCACCAAAACCUCGAAUCAAGGGUGGAAGAACCUCAAGGCAACUGGCUUCACCCCCAAGGCCUCGUCUAUCUACAUUUCCGCCACCAUCACUUGUACCUCCGGAAGCGCUACUGGCAAGAUGUACAUGGAUGACUUCAAGCUCUUCCUGAGUGCCACCUGCCCAGCACCAUCAACCACCAGCAGCCUUUCCACGGUCGCAUCCACGACCAGCGUAGCAUCCACGUCUUCUGCGGCUUCAUCUACCGUUGCCUCUACCACCCCUGCUGAUUCAAGCACUGCCGCUUCGUCUACCGCUGCCUCGUCUACUCCUGCUGACUCAAGCACUGCUGCUUCGUCUACCGCUGCCUCGUCUACUCCUGCUGCUUCAAGCACCGCCGCUUCAAGCACAGAUGUGUCGUCCACCGCCGCCUCCAGCACUCCUGCCGCCUCUAGCACUGCCGCCUCCAGCACAGAUGUCUCGUCUACCCCUGCCUCAAGCACUGCCGCAGCUUCAUCUACCGCCGCUUCAAGCACAGACGUGUCAUCUACCGCUGCCUCAUCCACCGCAGCCUCGUCCACUCCGGCUGCCGUUUCUUCAUCAGCACCAUCGGCUUGCCAGACGAAUGGCUUCUCAAACCCCUCCUUUGAGACCGGUCUAGAUGGCUGGGUUUUCACUCAGGGCUCUGCAAAUCCAAUCAGUUGGGAUCACACCGACGGAGCCUACUCAGUUGCAUUCUCUGGUACCGAGGUUGUCCAAUUCAGCCAAACUGUAUCCGGGCUUACCACACGUGAACAUACCAUCUCAAUUAACUACAGAGUCAACGGUGCCACGGCCCCUGACACCAUUCAGAGGACAUGCCAGCUUAGUGUGUCUGACGAAUCCCACGUCAUCUCCACUGGCCCAUCAACAGUCUACACGUCGACCCAAAACACGGAGUGGAAGACUUUCCAGGCUACAUGGACGCCCACUGACGGCAGCACUGAUGUCACCUUCCUGCUUUCGUGCACAAGCACCGGAUCCUCGCCAUACGCGUACAUCGCUUUCGAUAACGCCAAGAUUCUCGUGGACGCCGCCUGCCCCUCUACUACUGUAGCAUCAACCACCCCGGCGUCAACCACGGAUGUGUCGUCUACCGCCGCUUCUUCAACUGCCGCUUCAACCACCCCGGCUUCCUCCACCGAUGUGUCAUCCACUGCCGCUUCAAGCACCCCAGCUUCAACCGAUGUCUCAUCGACUGCUGUGGCCUCUAGCACUGACGUAUCAUCUACCCCAGCUUCAACUGAUGUCUCAUCAACUGCUGCCGCUUCAAGCACUGAUGUCUCGUCUACUCCUGCUGCUUCCACAACUGAUGUGUCAUCUACCCCGGCUUCAACCGAUGUCUCGUCGACUGCUGCGGCUUCUAGCACCGAUAUCUCGUCUACCCCGGCUUCAACUGACGUCUCAUCAACUGCUGCCGCUUCCAGCACUGAUGUCUCUUCCACUCCUGCCGCCUCAAGCACCGAUGUCUCUUCUACCCCAGCUUCAAACGAUGUCUCGUCAACUGCUGCCGCUUCUAGCACAGAUGCACCCUCAACUCCCUCAGCCACUGGAGUCUCAAGCACGGAUAUCUCAACUACCCCAGCUUCAAGUGAUAUCUCAUCUACCGCUGUUGUUUCUAGCACAGACGUGUCUUCAACUCCUGGUGCCUCAAGCACGGAUGUCUCAUCUACCGUUGUGGCUUCUACCACGGAUGCAGGAUCUUCUGCCGCCAUCACCCCUUCUGCCACUUCCGAUGUUACGACGCCGUCAGCCACUCCCUCGGGAUCUCAGUACAUCGACAACGCGGACUUCGCGGCUGGUCUGGCUUACUACACCACCAGUGGCAAUGUUUCCUGGGUCGGUGACAAUGGUUACAAUGGUAAUGGCGCUGCCCAGCUAUCAACUAGAGGAAAUGACGACGAUAACACUGAGGCCUCGCCUGUCCAGAAGCGUGAUAAUCCUAUCACCUCCAUUUCUGGCACUGUUCAUAACCUUGUUGCUGGUUCGCCCUACACCAUCUCGUUCCACUACCUCGUUCUCGCAGCAUCACCUGAUGACAGCUGCCGUGUGAGAGCCUACUUCAACGGAAACAACUUUGCUAACACUGAUCGAUUCCCUCUCACAACUACAGCCAACACUCAGUGGAGCCAGUUGUCCGGCACCAUAGUCCCUAGCUCUGCUAGCGGUUCUUUGACUAUUUCGAUCAACUGCAACGCCGCGGGUUUCGUCAGUAUCCUUCUUGAUAACAUUAGUGUGUCUGCUGGCGCUGUAAGCUCCACCACGCCUAUCUCCUCAGCCGCAACCCCUUCAGCUACACCCUCAGCUACCGACUCUGCCUCUAUCACACCCGUGUCUUCCGCUACACCCGUUUCGGACGCCUCGUCAACCACACCCACCACCUUCGCCACCCUGACGACCCCCGUGUCCUCCUCCACUAUUCCUGCCUCGACCACUGCGUCGUCGACCUCGGCCGAUGUCACCCCUGCUCCUACACCCAGCCGCAGGCCUUGCAAGAGCAGGAAGCUCCAGCGCCGAGCUCUCCUGGCCAGCCAGAACCAGUUCUAG